AUGCAGAUUGACAAGAAGGAUCUCAACCCAGUUAUCAUCGUCAUUUCAUCAAACACCUCCGCGGCAACUGUCUUAGCAUCAAUCUCCCUAAUUCUCUGCUCUCUCAUCGGAGCCUGGAUAGCAAACAACUCCACUAUCUUCCAGAGCGAGUUAAUCUAUGGCGACACAAGGCCAUCCACCAUGGCCAUCAAGUACAUUAGCCUCCUCAUAUGCUUCCUCUUGGCUUUUUCUUGCUUUGUUCAAUCAUCAAGAGCACUCUACUUGGCUACCACCUUGCUGCUAUGGUUAUUUGGUCCGAUACCCAUGUUCGCUACCUCUGUUAGCAUGGUGUUGCUUCUCCAUUUCCUUGACACCAAUACGACUCCAUUGCAUCGACACAAUUCGCAUAAGAAGAAGCCUCUGGGAAGGGUUAGAGGAACAAAUAACUAUGGAAGCCAUGGCUGUGGGGUGACUUGCGAGGUGAAGCAUUGA